AUAAUUUUAUCGAUGUACGCGUGGUUAAUUUUCAAAUAAUUAAGAUAGUAUUUUUUUGUUUAAGAUGCGCCCGGAACCGCCGGCUUUCCGUAUCACGACGAUAAUAUCCCACAGUUUUUAGUCAAACGCGUUCGAAUACAGGUCGACAGCAAAUUUCACUGGCGCAAUUUUAAAUGGGAAGUGAGAGUGUUUUGUAACCCGUAGGGAAAUUCCCUGCCGCGAUUUCGUACGCCUUCGGAAACGAACUAGAACGGAGUAAACUUGACACGAUUUUCGUCGGCUCGGCAUUAAUUCUCGGAGGCGACGGGGCCCGGGAAUGCGGGAAUUACGCUUUUGCCAAUUUAUAUUUUUCUUCUUCGUCACGAGUCACCGUCGUUUCCCAGGCUCAAGGACGACGACCAAGGCGGGAAACUACUGGUUAUUGUUGCGCUCGGUAGGCAAAACGCCCUUUGCCACACGAAACGGAAACACUGGUUUGGGUCAUGGUGCCAUCACGAAACGUGAAGGGCGGUUCGAACCGUGGUUGCCUUUAUAUCGGACCUUUCCGACCAACUCUGUCUUGCUUUUAUCCCACCGAUUUUUAACGCGGUGGCAAGAUGAAUAAAUUGUUUAUCGGCGGCCUUCUUUUCGUCUUUACCCAGUUUUGCCUAUGCCUUCCGUUCGGGAGCAUCGGAGAGUGUAAUAGUUCUUCCGACUGUAGUUUCGGACACUGCUGCGUUUUGGGUAUGAUGCGUUACGGCGUACCUCGGUGUCGGGCUCUGGGAAGAAUCGGACAACUUUGCAGAAUGAACAACGAGCCGCAAAACACAACUUUGUAUUAUCCCAACGGCGUCUUUGUCGACGUGACGGACGUUUAUACUCUCACCUGUCCGUGCGACAUCGGUUUGGCCUGUAAGCACAACGUCUGCGCGGCGGAAGACACUUACGACGAUAAUUACCUGUAUUAAAUGUUUUUAAUCGGCGGAGGAGACGGACGACGAGAAUUACCGAUCGAUACGACGGUAAUCCCGGGUUUAAAAUUUAUUUUUGUUAGAUUAAGAAAAAACUAGGUUUAAUGGCUGUUGGAAAAAAUAUAUAUAAAUAUAUAUUAUAUAUUCUAUAUCGAGUCGAGACGGGUCUGCGUACAAUAGUUAUCGUCGGAAAUAUUUUCUCAAAACCGUCGUUGAGUAUUACGCAAUUUUUGACCAGUAGUGACGUAGUUGCUUCCCAUUCUGCUGACGUGACGUCCCGUCCGACGCUACGCCCUCCGGUGGAGUGGGAAAGGAGUUUGUGUAUCGAACGGAUCUUCGGUCCCGUCCGCGUUACGUACUAUAUUAUUCUUAUCGAAUGCGAACACGUACGACCGAAUCGUAUUUGUUCGCGCUUUUUAAUCACCGUAGAUGGAAAUGAAUUUUUUCUUACCAAAUGCGAAAUCUUGUUACGGACGGAACACGUGUAUAUAACUUUACAGAAAGUAGUAAAUCUAUUAAAAUGUUAAUAUCGAUUUUUUAAAGACAUUUUGUACUGUUCUCCACAAGUUUUUCAAUAAAAAUGUUUUACAAAUUUUA